GUCCGGAAGUGACGAGGAGGUCGGACGUGACGUAUUAGAAGAAACUCCACAGCUUGAGGGAAAUAUAGAAGACGUCAGGUAGUGGCGGUGAUGGAGGGGCUGACUGACGAAGAGCUGCCGUCCACCUCACGGGAAGAGGCAGAUGCUGCCGAGGAGAAAAAUGAUCCUCCCUUCCAACUGAAGCUUCCACCUAAAGCACAGCGUCCUGAGAAGGAAGUGGAUCCAGAGUAUGAAGAGAAGAUGAAAACAGAUCGUUCUAAAAGAUUCGAGUUUCUCCUGAAGCAGACGGAGCUUUUUGCACAUUUCAUUCAGCCGGCUUCACAGAAAUCUCCAACUUCUCCUCUCAAAGUGAAAUUAGGACGCCCCAGGACAAAGAAAGAUGAAAAACAAAGUUUGUUGUCUGCCGGAGACAAUCGACAUCGACGCACAGAGCAAGAGGAAGAUGAAGAAUUGAUGUCCGAAAGCCGCAAAACCUCCAAUGUGUGUGUGCGAUUCGAAGAAUCACCUUCUUAUGUGAAAUGGGGAACACUGAGAGAUUAUCAAGUCAGAGGCCUCAACUGGAUGAUCUCACUGUAUGAAAAUGGCAUUAAUGGUAUAUUGGCAGAUGAAAUGGGAUUAGGUAAGACAUUGCAAACCAUUGCUUUGUUGGGCUACCUUAAACACUACAGGAACAUUCCAGGUCCACAUAUGGUGCUGGUACCAAAAUCCACCCUACACAACUGGAUGAAUGAGUUUAAACGUUGGGUGCCAUCACUUUCCGCUGUUUGUCUCAUUGGUGACAAGGAUGCACGGGCUGCUUUUAUACGAGAUGUCAUGAUGCCAGGAGAGUGGGAUGUCUGUGUUACCUCCUACGAAAUGGUCAUAAGGGAAAAAUCUGUUUUUAAGAAGUUCAACUGGCGAUACCUUGUUAUUGAUGAGGCACACAGAAUAAAGAAUGAAAAAUCCAAGCUGUCUGAGAUUGUUCGAGAGUUUAAGACCACAAACCGUUUACUACUGACGGGCACGCCGCUUCAGAAUAACCUCCAUGAAUUGUGGUCAUUGCUCAAUUUUCUUCUACCCGAUGUGUUCAAUUCUGCAGAUGAUUUUGAUUCUUGGUUUGAUACCAACAAUUGUCUCGGGGACCAGAAGCUGGUUGAAAGACUUCAUGCAGUUUUAAAGCCAUUUCUUUUGCGUCGUAUAAAAGCUGAAGUUGAAAAAAGCCUUCCUCCAAAGAAGGAAGUGAAAAUUUAUCUGGGACUCAGUAAAAUGCAGAGAGAAUGGUACACAAAAAUUUUAAUGAAAGAUAUUGACAUUCUGAACUCUGCUGGGAAAAUGGACAAGAUGCGUUUGUUAAAUAUACUGAUGCAACUGCGCAAAUGUUGCAACCACCCGUACCUGUUUGAUGGGGCUGAGCCAGGACCCCCUUAUACCACUGACACUCAUCUUGUCUACAACAGUGGUAAGAUGGUGGCUUUGGACAAACUGCUUCCAAAAUUUAAAGAGCAAGGUUCGAGGGUCCUGAUAUUCAGUCAGAUGACCCGAGUGCUCGACAUUCUGGAAGAUUACUGCAUGUGGCGUGGCUAUGAGUACUGCCGCCUUGAUGGGCAGACACCACAUGAAGAAAGAGAGGAAGCCAUUGAAAGAUUUAAUGCACCUAACAGUAGCAAAUUCAUCUUCAUGCUGAGUACCCGCGCCGGAGGCCUUGGAAUAAAUUUGGCAACUGCUGAUGUGGUGAUUUUAUAUGACUCAGACUGGAACCCUCAAGUGGAUUUACAAGCAAUGGAUCGAGCCCAUCGUAUAGGCCAGACAAAGACUGUCCGAGUAUUUCGGCUCAUUACAGACAAUACUGUGGAAGAAAGAAUUGUGGAGAGAGCAGAGAUAAAACUCAGACUGGAUUCUAUAGUCAUACAGCAAGGACGACUAAUUGAUCAGCAAUCUAAUAAGCUUGCCAAGGAUGAAAUGCUGCAGAUGAUUCGCCAUGGAGCCACCCAUGUCUUUGCCUCCAAGGACAGUGAACUGACAGAUGAAGAUAUCACUAUCAUUUUGGAAAGAGGGGAAAAGAAGACUGCUGAAAUGGCAGAGCGCAUGGAGAAGAUGGGGGAGAGCUCACUCCGAAAUUUCUCUAUGGACACAGAAACAAGUUUAUAUAACUUUGAAGGAGAGGAUUAUCGAGAAAAGCAAAAGCUAAGCAUGUUGGAAUGGAUCGAGCCCCCAAAACGAGAACGCAAAGCCAAUUAUGCUGUGGAUGCGUAUUUCAGAGAUGCCUUGCGUGUGAGUGAACCAAGGGCCCCGAAGGCACCAAGGCCACCAAAACAACCCAACAUUCAAGAUUUUCAGUUUUUUCCUCCAAGACUGUUUGAGUUGCUGGAGAAAGAGAUACUAUAUUACAGAAAGACCAUUGGAUAUAAGGUCCCUAGAAAUUCAGACCUCCCAAAUGCAUCUCAGGUACAAAAAGAAGAACAGAGGAAGAUUGAUGAGUCCGAGCCCCUUGAUGCUGCAGAGUCAGAAGAAAAGGAGACGCUGCUUACCCAGGGUUUUACUAAUUGGAAUAAACGGGACUUCAACCAGUUUAUUAAAGCCAAUGAGAAGUACGGCCGUGACGAUAUUGAUAACAUUGCUCGUGAAGUGGAAGGGAAGACACCAGAAGAGGUCAUUGAAUACUCAGCUGUUUUCUGGGAACGUUGCAAUGAAUUACAAGAUAUUGAAAAAAUUAUGGCUCAGAUUGAAAGAGGCGAGGCACGCAUUCAGAGGAGGAUCAGUAUCAAAAAAGCAUUGGAUGCAAAGAUUGCAAGGUACAAGGCUCCGUUCCAUCAGCUGCGGAUACAAUAUGGGACCAAUAAAGGCAAAAACUACACAGAGGAAGAAGAUCGAUUCCUGAUAUGCAUGCUGCAUAAAAUGGGCUUUGAUAAGGAAAACGUGUAUGAAGAGCUACGCCAGUGCGUUAGGAAUGCCCCACAAUUUCGAUUUGAUUGGUUCAUCAAGUCACGGACGGCCAUGGAGCUGCAAAGACGCUGCAAUACUCUUAUAUCACUCAUAGAAAAGGAAAACUUGGAAAUUGAAGAAAAGGAAAGAGCAGAGAAAAAGAAAAAGACGCCUAAGUCAUCGUCGGGUAAAAGAAAGGCGGAUACAGCAUCAGACACUGGAAAGAAGGAUACAAAAAAAGCCAGGUCUUAAAGUGUCCUGAGAAGCUGUGUAGGUCCUUGAUAGAAGACUGCCAUUUCUAUACGUCUCUGAUCUAACAAUGCCUCAUCCAAUGUGCAUUUCCAUAACUUCCUAGUUACAUUUCCGUGUGUAAGAAUGUGUAUAUUUUUCAAUGUCUACCUGAAGAAUAUGUAGUAUUAUAUUUUAUGCUUCCCAGUAUUUACACCUUCCAUAUUUUGUGAGAAUCAUAUAUUUCAUAUGACAGUGUCCUCGUUCUAAGCAAGUGCAGAGGGUUUUAGCUUUUGUAUGUUUUAUACCGUAUGCAGUGGCUUUGAAAUAAAAUCUAUAUCAAAUUA